AUGCACAAACAGCUUUUCAACCCGGGUUCAUCUGCCGUACCAGGGGACUCACAGAAGAUCAUCUUCCCCAGUCCAAGAAGCAUUGAAAACUAUGCCAGAAUGCAGACCACAUUGUCUAGUGACUUAAGAAGCUUUACCCUCUGUGUGCACAUGCGCUCCACCAUGUCCACCAGCGAUACGAUGGUCUUGGUCAGCUACGCAAGAGCGUCAUCACAAGACAACGAGCUUCUCCUCUUUUUUAGUAGGGGAUUUAUGUUACACAUAAACCAACAUGAUAAUAACUACAUGGCGGACCCACCCGUUUGGGACGGUGAGUGGCACACCAUAUGUACUACCUGGCGCAGCAGUGAUGGGGCCUGGCAGCUGUACGCUGACGGUGUGCUGACGGCUUCAGGCUCCGGCCUUAGAGUGGGAGGGGCAGUACGCACAGGCGGCGUAUUCAUCCUCGGACAGGAGCAAGACACUCUUGGGGGAGGAUUCGACGUCAACCAGACGUUUAGUGGAGAACUGUCGGGAGUGAACCUCUGGGACCGCGUGCUGUCUCCAGCAGAAAUAGGAGCGGGUUGGGCAGUGUUCUGUAACCAUCAUGGCAAUGUGAUUGACUGGGAUACCACUGACAUCGCAGUCUUCGGAGAGACCAGCAUGACUGAGUAUCAAUGCAGUAAGUAG